UGCGCAGUAUUGACCAGGGAGUGGCGUAUGCCAUGACGUUACAAGCUUUAGCCAAUCAGUGAGCGGCUUUGCAGCAGAGGCGCAUUGUUCAAAAACAAAACGGGUCAGACGAUCAGAGGGUCGGAACCAGCUCACACGGAACCAGCUCACACGGAACCAGCAGAGACAGAACCAGCUCACACGGAACCAGCAGAGACGGAACCAGCAGAGACGGAACCAGCGUUAGCUCAAGGUGGACUCACCCGAUACCGGCGUGACUGUGUCAACAGGUUCUGAAUAAAACCGGAAAAAAGAGACUUUCGGAGGUAACAGGUGAGCAUGGCGCUGUCUUUGUCCCCAUGUCCUUAUGAUGACGACGAGGAUCUCGCCGUCUUUGAGUCCACGGCAGCAGAACUCGGAGGCCCGGCCCGUCCUCGGCUACCCGAGCUCUCUGUGAUCUCACCGGGCCUGGACCAGCCUGCAGUGAUGGACGCGAACAGGAAGCCUGUCAUGUCGACCCAGAGGAGCCGUGACGAAGGAAGCACGGACCGGGUCAAAGUGUUCUUACGGAUCCGACCUCUGACGGAAGCUGAGCGAGGCCAAGGGGAGGAACAGGGCUGUGUGGCAGUUCAAGAUGAAGAAACUCUGCUGCUCAAAGCUCCCAAAGAGUCUCAGAACAUGAGGUCCGCGGAGCGAGGGAUCACCCAGAACAUGCACAAGUUCAGCUUCUCCAAGAUUUUCGGGCCGGAGACGACCCAGCAGCAGUUCUACGAGAACACAAUGAAGAAGAUGGUGAGCGACGUGCUGCAGGGAGAAAACCGCCUCAUCUACACAUAUGGCGUGACCAAUUCAGGAAAAACGUACACGGUUCAGGGUUCUGGUCGAGAGGCGGGCCUGUUGCCCCGGGCUUUAGUGUCUCUGUUCAGGAAGCUGCAGGGCCGUCUGUAUGGCGCCAUGGACCUGAAGCCCAUCAUGUACCAGGACGUGAGGCAGCUCAGUGCUGGCGAGGUCCGAGUGGAGGAAAUCCGCAGAAACUCUCUGCUCAAAGAGGAUGAGAAUUCUCAUCGAGGCAGGUCGACCACGGUCUGGGACAGCGGGAUCGGAGGUCUGUCCUCCACGAGUAACAUCGCCAUGCAGCUGGAAGAGACUGACAGCGUCUGUCUGGAGCCUGACAGCCUAUCACACAGUGGCGGCGACGACCUUGAGGACGGCGUCCACUUUUCCAUCUGGGUGUCCUUUUACGAGAUCUACAACGAGUUCCUGUACGACCUUCUGGACGCCUCGCCGUCGCUGCUGCCCCGAAAACGAGCCACGCUGAGGCUGAGCGACGACAAGCAGGGCAACCCCUACGUCAAAGACCUAACUUGGAUCCAGGUCCACAGUGCCGAGGAGGCCUGGAGGAUCCUCCGGGCCGGGCGACGAAACCAGAGCUUCGCUAGCACGCACCUGAACCAGAACUCUAGCCGCAGCCACAGCAUCUUCUCCAUCCGCGUCCUGCACGUCCACCUGCAGGCAGACCCCGCCCCCCCGGCCACGCACAUCAGCGAGCUGACCGUGUGCGACCUGGCUGGAUCUGAACGCUGCAAAGAGCAACGCAACGGAGAGAGGAUGAAGGAGGCGAACAACAUCAACACGUCGCUGCUGACACUCGGACGCUGCAUUGCCGCACUGCGGCACAACCAGAACAACAAGUCACGCCCCCCUCAGGUGGUGCCCUUCAGGGACAGUAAACUGACCCGGGUCCUGCAGGGUUUCUUCUGUGGCCGAGGAACCUCCAGCAUGGUGGUCAACAUCAACCCGUGUGCAUCCAUCUACGACGAGACCCUCCAGGCUCUCAAGUUCUCUGCCAUCGCUACUCAGCUCGUCCAUGGCCCGUCCACCAAGACCAGGGUGGCUUACAUCCUGUCACUGCUCCGCGAGCCCACAGGAAGUGGCAACAACAGCUCGCUGAUGGAAGACGACGAAGACGAGAGUGACACUGAAGACGGAGAUAUCACCAUGUUGAACACAGAGGCUCUGCUCCAGGCCAUCGAUGUCCUGAAGAGGGAAGUUCAUCGUCAGCGGGAGGAGAAGGAAGUUCUGGAGGCGAACGUGAGAGAAGAGGUCGUCUCUGAGAUGAUGGAGGUUAUCACCGGGAUGCAGGACGGCUUCAGUGAGACGCUGGAGGCCGAGCAAGCGCUCCUUGAGGAGCGGUACGAGGAUAAAAUCAGCAACAUUCAGAAACACCUGAAGAAGUUUUACAGUCAGGAGCUGAAGGAGCGUGAUCAGGAGAUUGAAGCUUUGUCUGCCGCCCUUGAGAAGAGGAAGGAAGCUGAACCGGUGUCAGUUCCACAUGGAGAUGCUGAUGGUCCUCGGCGUUCUCAACGCCUCACUGCUCAUACUGAACUCAGCCGACUGCGAGCCGAGCUGGAUCAGUGUCAGGGCGAGCUGCUCGCCAAGACUCAAGAGCUGACGAAGCUGAAGAUCCAGCUGGAAGUCCCGGGUUCAACAGGAACACUCACCAACACUGCCGACCGAAAGCUGGAGGAAGGCCAGCGAAACCUGCGCCAGCUGCGUCUGGACCUGCAGAGACUCGGGUCGGACCUGCAGUCCGGUGAACGGGCCUGCUGUCGCAACACAGGCGGGGAGAGGCUGCGGCAGGCGUUAACCGCUGCUGAUGAGACACUAGCCAAACAGGAUCAGAUCCUGGUGGAGCUGCAGAACGGUCUGACACUCGUGAAGGCUGACUUAAGGCGGAAAGCAGAGACCCUGUCCCAGGUCCAGACCCAGCUGUCCCCCUCAGGUUCUGGUGCCAUCACCACACCAGGUUCCUGUAAGAGGAGGGGCUGUGGAGCCGCCGCUCCAAGCGACACGGAGAACCGUCCUCCACAAAAACGCCCGUUUUUCCAGUCACUGUUUCCGACGCGCACAUACAACACGCGUACCAUGGAAGAGGCCAACGCGAUGCCGUACUCACGGAUCCUGAGGUCCCGUCAGCAGUCUCCACCCCGCAGCCCGGCCCCGACUCCCCGGUCAGCCCGUGGGAAGUACUGAUCCGAGAGUCGCUUCUGAUGACACCGAGUGUUCCUACAUGCUGAGAGCUUUAUAAAUAUUAAUAUCAAAUAUUCACCUUUACCUAACGCUUUAACAUUUAAAUACUGUUCACACAAUGUUCAUGAAAAACUUUAAAACACACUUUGCUGUGUGUGUGUGUUGGUGUGUGUGUUUAACUCUUCUUUUCACAAUAAAAUCUCUGAAACAUU